AUGGGCGAACCGCAAUACCUCACCUUCCCCAAGCUGGCCCUGGCCCAGAGCGUCUUCUCGCUUGCCUCACCAUCCACCGAUGCCCAGGCAAAGCAAGCUGCCCUGACCGCACUGCAAGAUGGCAUCAAGGAGAACAAGAUGGCUCCUCUCUACGCCUACCUGGCACACCCUCAGUCCGGGAAGCUGAAUGCUGCAGGCGAAGGCAGCGCUGUUCUCUCGCCCACCAUCAGCCGCGCCAACACUAACUCGACCGCUCCAUCGCCCUUACAUAUGCUGAGGAGAACGAGCAGCAUCAACGCUCCGUCGAUCGUGGGUGUGCUGGGUGGCAAGACAGACACCACGGUUGAGCUCCCUUGGGAUGAGGCGCUGUACGAGAGCCUGCGCAGUGACAACGAGAAGGAGCUGGCUGAGAUUCAGAAAGAGGAGGAUGAGGCCGUCGAGCAGGCAGGAGAGACGGAGGUGCAGACCGCACGAGGGAAGAGGGCCGAGUUCUACGCCAAGGUCGGUGACAAGGACAAGGCGUUGGAGGAGUUUGAGAAGCUGUUGGACAAGACGAGCAUUCUGGGCACAAAGAUCGACAUCGUUCUUGCCAUCAUCCGCGUAGGGCUGUUCUUCGACGACAAGCUCCUUGUGAAGAAGAACGUGGACCGAGCACAGCAGUUGGUGGAGAGCGGUGGUGACUGGGACAGGCGCAAUCGUCUCAAGGCCUACCAAGGCCUGCACCUGCUCACAAUCCGCGCACACAACCUGGCUGCACCGCUGCUCCUCGACUCCCUCUCCACAUUCACCUCCACCGAGCUGUGUUCAUACAGCAAUCUCGUCACCUACGCCACACUGGCAGGCUCUGUCUCCCUCCCUCGCCGCGACUUCAAAUCCAAGGUUGUGGACGCUCCUGAGGUACGCGCAGUCUUUGGCAGUGGCAGCGAGUCGGAUCGUCUCGCCGCGCUCGGUGGUGCAGCGUCAGCAGGUCCAGGUGCUGAUGAGGAUACCAUGAACAUCGACUCGACUGCAACACCACAACCUACCGCUGUCAACCUCACUACUCUUGCAUCAGGCUCUGCUUCUGCCGAAGCUCAAGCCAAGGCCGAACCAAAGGUCGACUUCCGCCCUCUGGCCAACAUGAUUCAAAGCCUGUACUCGGGCAACUACUCGGGUUUCUUCACCGCGCUGGCUGCUGUUGAGCAGAACUUCCUAUCAAAGGAUCGAUACCUGUACGAGCACAAGGGCUGGUAUGUGCGUGAGAUGAGAUUGCGAGCGUAUGCGCAGCUGCUGCAGAGCUACAAGGUCGUUGGUCUGGAGAGCAUGGCCAGCAGCUUUGGAGUGAGCGUGGACUGGCUGGACAAGGACUUGGCUCCGUUCAUUGCCAGCCAGCGGUUACCAUGCACGAUUGAUCGUGUGAGAGGUAUCAUCGAGACACAGCGGGCGGAUGACAAGAACAAGCAGUACAACGACGUCGUCAAGCAGGGUGAUCAGCUCAUCACCAAGCUGCAGAAGUACGGCCAGGUCGUCCGUCUGCGAGGAAGCGAGCGCAGCUAG